UAUUCCAAAGGAUUUGGAAGGUAAUUUUUAUCUUUUGUCUACCAAAUUUGAAAAUUUACUAAAUAGGUUUGAAAAACAAUCGUAUAUCUAUGUAGAUUUCCUGCGGGUUGUAAAAUUCUUUUCAGAAGAUGGCAAUGACAGCACCCAUAGUGGCAAGGACAUAUGUUAGAUAUCAUAUGUACCGUACACUUACAAGAUGUAUGAGUCAUAGAGCCAAGGAGGUGCAGACAAAGGCUUUACUAGAUAAAAUAAUCAGAAUAGAUCAUGCUGGAGAGUUUGGUGCUAAAAGAAUUUACCAGGGUCAGCUUGCUAUACUGGGCAACACCCCAACAGGACCUAUAAUACAGGAGAUGCAGGAAGAAGAAGAGAAGCAUCUGGCAGAGUUUGUAAAGUUGAUGCGAGAUCAUCGUGCUAGACCAACUGUACUCUUACCUCUGUGGAAUAUUGCAGGAUUUGCACUUGGAGCUGGGUCUGCAUUGCUUGGUAAAGAGGGAGCUAUGGCGUGUACAGUAGCUGUGGAGUCUGUAAUUGGUCAACAUUAUAAUGA